CUCAGUCCGACGAGGAACGUACAGGCGGUCACAGCUCGUUAUUCCACUGGCUGUUGCUCGUUUCGUGCGGGUUCCAUCAACGGAGACCUGUCCAAACCGGAAGAAACAGUGUCCUCGGUGUAUCGAUCGACCACGGCGGUGCUAAAAGCUGAAAUAUAAAGAGGAAUUUGGUGAGCAGCUCUGAUCACCAGGCCCAGGCGGUCGCAGCGCCAUCUGUGCGACGAACCGAUGAGGCGCGGAAGAACGUCGAAGACAGCGGCUCGCGUGGCUGACGCCUGCGGCCGCGCCUCUGGAUUCCAGCAGCGGCGACACACCGCUCAACGGGCCCGUUGAAUUCCAUACCGAGUGUCUGUGAGCGUUCGAGUUUGUCGGUGUGCCGUGCUUACCUACUGUCCCGUCGAUCGGUACACGUGGAGGUGAGGGGCGACCAAGAGGACGUAGACGCCACUGGUGUACACCGCAUACCACAGGAGGACCUGGCCCCCGAAGGAAGGAGAACGGUGGGAGGUUGGAAAAGGUUGGCAAGAGCUGGCCUCGUGGAAGAAAGAAAAGACGAGGAGGUGGUAGAAGGGAAGCCAGGUAGAAAGAAAAGAGGAACGCUGGUACCUUGGUGGGGAGCCGUCAGAAGGCGGCCAUAAUGGCCUGACGCGAUCUCGAGCGAGCGGCGGCUACAGCUGCUGCGAAAUAGCCGAGAGCGGCUCUCCUCGUCGUCCACGCACGCGUAUUUUGCAACCGCGGACGGGCUGCGUCUUUGGAAAGUGACUGCGUAAUCGCGAGUGGAGUGUGUUACCGGGUGGAGUCGUCGUUUCGUUCCGUGUGCACCGUACGCUCGCGUGUGUGCUCGAAUUCCCCCGUGGGUCCGAUGCCUGUUCUUCGGAUGGUGUUCGAUGAUUCGGAUUCGACGGUUCUCGAUCGUUGCUAGUCUCUUCAAGAUCACGUAUGCUCUGUUCCUGCAUUGAUUUCUUGCUACAUCGGAAGAGGAAGACUACCAGAGGCUAGAACAGUUGGACCGGUUGCCUGGACCAGUUCAAUCUACUCAAUCGAUUUCAAAAAUGAGGGGUGCUAAUCAAGAUUCGGCUACGCCGUACUGCCGGUGCCGAGUCCUCUAUCUGGGCAGCUCUGUGCCUCAUGCGAGCAAGGAAGGUUUGUUAGGUGUUCAGGAACCUCUUCGUGAACUGUAUCCCGAGCAGGGUGCUCUAGGAGCACGUGGAAUCGAUUCUUGGCUGAGCGUCUGGAGCAACGGCCUGCUGCUGGAGAACGUGGACGAACAUCGCAAGAAGGUCACCAGGUUUUUCCCGAUUGAGGCGCUUCAUUACUGCGCCGCAGUCAGGCACGUAAAAGGCGGAAGCGGAGAUUCCUCGAACACGAGGUUCCUGCCUCUCGACUCUCCAUUCGCGAGGACGCCUAGCGCCAAUCAUCCGCCACUUUUUGCCGCCGUCUUACGACGAACGACCGGCAUCAAGGUUCUCGAGUGUCAUGCGUUUAUAUGCAAGCGCGACAUGGCUGCCAACGCCCUGGUCAGGUGUUGUUUCCACGCAUACGCGGAUAGUAGCUACGCUAAGGGACUGGACCCAAGUACGACGACGACCAACGGAGUUACGUCUGGUCAUCCUUCGAAUAACAGCCUCUAUCACACCCUCGGUGGGUCCAGCACCACCUUAGACAGCCCUCAGGCAACGCGUUUGGACGCAACCUCGACCGACGACCUGAGUCUCUACAACGGCGACGAGAACCACAAAGUCUGGGCCAGAGGUCGGGAUGAGGUUGACGGAUUGUAUCAAGAACAAGGAACACUACGAAGCACCAAGGGUUCCAGACCUCGUCAGCUGGUUGGUCCGCCUCCUCCUCCACCGCCACCACCUCCCCCAGCUCAGCCUCUACUGCUGGAGGAAUCUUCGUCUUCUUCCGUUCGUCGAAAGGCCAACAAGAAGUUAAAGAAACUGAAAAAUCGGUCAGCGCAUGAGGAUCCAUUGCAACAGCCGCACCUUCAUCCUCAAAUGCAUCAAGGAAUGUACACAAAUGGCUACGGACAUCAUACCUUGGGUCAUCCAGUCAGGCAGCAGCACUACCACCCUCAUCCUCUACCACCUAGCAGUCGAUCGGUAGCUGGAACCCUAGCCAGACCAGCGCCAGUGCUUCUUGUGCCUGCUGCCACAUUACCCAGGAAGGCCCACCAUCACCCCAGAGGACUCAGACCAAUUCCAGCAGCCGCUCCAAUUGUUCCAGUAUACGCUCCUGUCCCGGUGGUUCCACCGCCGCCAGCGGCGGCCAUCUAUCCAGCUGGAACAUACGGAACUGCUGGGAAUAGAAGCAGAAGAAGCCAUCCUGAAGGCGAUACCUCUACUUUAGGAGCGUCCAGGAGAUUGGCCGCGUCACACGCUGAUCUAACCAGCGCGGAGAUGAAUCGAGCCGCCGACAGUCCUGAGAACGAGUCCCGUUUUGGUACCGGCAUCUAUCGACGGAAGGGCCAUCUGAACGAGAGAGCAUUUUCUUACAGCAUCCGGGCCGAGCAUCGCAGCAGGAGCCACGGUAGUCUGGCCUCCUUGGGCUUCAGCGGGCAGAACGGCACUGCGUUACCUAAGGAAGAAAAGAAGGAUAGAGAAAUAGCCCAACUAGUGGCUGGCUUGAACCUGGACGACAGUCCGGAGAGGACGCAGCCUCCGGUGAACUCAAGGAGCGGCUACUCUCAUCAUCAACAACAUCAGCUUCAGCCGUUACCCAGGCCUCGGCCUCGUUAGGACCUCUCCACUUCCUUCGUUGACUCGCAAGUGCGUCAGAACCUCGGAAUACACGUCGCUGGACCGUUUGUCAUGUGUUCUUCGGGCCAACCAUUCGUAAACUUUGGCCCAUCGGUUGAUUCAGCCGAGGUUUCGUUAAAGGACGACUAUCGCUCGACAAAAAUGAGUGAUGCCUUUAGUCGAACAUGGACGAUCAGUUGCUCAAAGACUCAAAGAACCAGUUUAUAGUGCGAACCGAUGAAUCUGAACGUUCGACUCUAACUGAUGAUUUUCAUUUGAAUCACAAUGAGAUACAGAUGUUUCGUAAUUUUUGAGCCAACUGUUUGAGCUCGUUUCCGUGAGGUCCAUCGUGGAAUUUUAAGUAGGGCACUUGUUCGAUGGAAGAAGGAACUUCUUUCUCGCGGCGUUAGCGUGGAAAAUCGUGAUGGGUGGUCUGGCUUGAAGAGCGUUCAACUGGUUCAGUUGGCUUUCGAUUCUCGGAACAACCUUGCCCGAGUAGGAAAAUUACGGUUCAAGAAAAAAGCUGAUGGCACCCGGUCUCCGGUGACCUCCUUCGUCUUAUCUCGAAAGUCGAUCGUCUUUGUCAAAUUAAGGACUUCGAUCGAUGCACCGUAACGGUUCGAAGUAACGUCGAAGAGAACUUCAUAAGAAUUCAUUUCGAAAUUCUUUAGACAAAAAUUUUAUUUUGUUGUUUUUAGAGACCUUCGAACCUUGUUGUUGACGGAAGACGUUACGGAAGACGACCUUCCUGUAAUAAAAACGAGCCAGUUAAUUAGACAUAAUUAGAAUUAUUGUCACCUGAUGAAAAAGAUUGUUCUGAUGGCUGGAGCUCGUUAGUCAACGAAACUGUCCACGCUACCUCGUAAUAUUUCCUCUGAGAAAACGAACCGGUAGCUUUAUCAUCGUUUCAUGGAAACUAGGCUCUGGUGGAUCCAAUGACAGGAAGGGAAUAAUUUGAUUUAUAACGAAGAUGAGGCAACGGGUAUUCGAAACAAUCGGAGGAUUAUUUUUUAUUUUCUUCGUUUCUGAUAGCAUUGCACGAUGUUGCAUGGUAUUUCGUGACGUUAAGGUUUUUCUAUGUUUUCGUAGACUAUCGAACAAUCGUAUCAGCAAUUUUCUCCUGGAAAAGGUAAUGCAGCGAUUUAAAUUCCCGCCGCAUGAUUUUCAGUCGGUUCUCGUGGGAACGUGAACGUUAAUCUUAAUUGCGUGAGAAAAAAUUACACACACGGUGGAUCGAGGGUUUCGAGAGGCUCGGUUAUAAAACCUACUGUUUCACCUUUAUUUUUUCUUCGCGAAAGAAACUAGGGACUAAAGAUUUCCUAUAAACUAGUCCAGUUCUAAAUUUCGAGGGUUAAUUAUUAAUACUUCCACAACCGACUAUUUUUCGUAAAAAAUAAAUUUCUUUCCGAGUUUCAUUGAUUGUAUCGAUUACCGAUGAAAAAUGUCGCCCCUGUUUCGUAACGAGUUUCUCCGUUCUCGUAACAGCGAUGGAAAAAGCAAUGUUUCAAGAUAUUCCGAGUGCAAUGGACCGAAUUACGGUAUCUAAUGCAUAAUCGCUUGGAUUAGAUUUUUCUAUGGAGAACAUUUCGACCCACGUGUUGUCAUAGUUCCUUUUACUUCGUUCCUAUACAGUUCUGCAUCUUUCCACUCGUAGUAUUUCAAGGAUAUAAACGUCAAAAAAUUGAAUAUAAAACAAAUUAGUUAUUAGAAACGAGAGAAAUUAUCUCUAUCCAAUGUCGAUGAAAAAUCCUCCGAUUGUUUCGAUCAAGGACCAAUACCAUGUAAAUAAAAUAUAAGCCACUGAAAUUUGAUUUCCACGUUAAAGUCACGAAUUUUCUUCUUCCAACAUCAGAUAUUCUCAAGACGGUAGUGCCUUCGUUUUAUGCGAACUUUGUCUGAUAAUUGGGAGGAGGAGCGCGGUGCAGCGCAUCCCUCAAAUGAUCCAGCAUGGGAAUCAGUGCCAAACGCCAUGAAGCGUCCGACUUGGCGAAUAGUAUCAUCGACUUUUUGCCCUUCUCGACCGAUUCUUUCGAUCCUUUCGCCAUGCUGAAUUCAGCGGAGACCUCUUGGACCCGGUUUACUCGGAUCCGAAACGAGUUUAACAUGGAUGACGAGCGGGUUUUCACGAAUUCGCCUUGUCAUUCGAUUAUCAGGCUGGAACGAGAGGUCCGCUCGCGUGUUUCUUGCGCUUGACACACGUUAAAUUAACCCUUCGUCAAUCUGCUUCUCAAAUUACCCUUUGAUUUCAUCAUUUUUUGUCAAUCAAACGAGUUACUCUCGUCGAUGGUCCAAGAAUUUAUUUGUAAAUUUUUCAUAACGGAAGGGUUGAAUGAACGAGUGGCUAUCUUGUGAAAGAAAAAAGUGAUCGAGCUCCAAGUCGGACAACAGGUGCAACUGGAACUUAUUUAUUUAAUCGCAUGUGCCAGAUGAUCGUAGAAAAAUCGCCCAGCGUGUUUUCAGCUCGACGAUAGUUAUUCUAUUUUAACCCUUUAACCGAGCAGAAACUCGUUCGUUAACCCGUGUCGAAUAUUUGCUGAGUAAACCUUCCGUUCGCUAGUAACCCCUACAGCAGUCGUAUUUUUUCUCGUUCAAAAAAAUAAUGCAAAAUUAAUAUAACAUUAGAUCUUGUGCAACGAGAUGUUUUACUCGGCAAAUGAUUCCACGUUACAGUUAAAGGGUUGCGAAUUCAUUAAGGAUCGGUAGUAGUUAGAGUUACUUAGGAUUUCUCGCGGUACAAUCGCUAUUGUAUGAAAUCAACUCUUCGUUGUGGCGAGUAAAUAAUUGACUACUGUAUAUCAAGUGGAAACAUAUUAAAGGAAGAUCGCCAAACGAAGAGUUGAUCGAGGAAAAAAAAAAUGUGCGAACUUUGUUGCGAGGCGCGAACGAUUAUUUAUUUUAUCGUAGCCUGUGCGCUCGUCCCACGAACCUCUACCCUCAUGAAUAAACUGCGGAUGUUUAUGCAAUUGUAACGUGUUAAAUUAUGCAAAGUAUAUGCGACAAUUCGAUGAAUCAUUUGUUUCUCAGACUGAUGGAUAUACUUUAAAAAAAAGCGAGAAUAUGUGUGACUUGGAGGAUAAGCAAAAAAUUGUUACUAUUCAUUGAUGCACAGUUGCUCGAGGAUUAUAAAGAUAAAUAGUUAGUUUUCAAAUUAAAAAAGAAUGGCUAUUAUGUUAUUUUUUUCAUCAUUUGUUUAAACAUUCGCAGUCUAGUCGUGAAAAAUAAUGUAUUUAUCGCACAAAGAACUCGAUGGAAUCUCUUGUUCGUGUUUCCCGUCGUUUCAUUGCGCUCGAAAUCGCGCGAGCUCCUCUCGUGACACGCUUACGUGUAACCGCGUCCUCUUACGUAAGUUAGCUUCUAAAGAUCACCGACACGAGCGUGUGGAAUGCUGGUACCCGGUACAUAGAAUGUUGAUAAAAUACUUGGCAUGUUUUUAUAACUAUACACAUAAUAUUUUACAUCAUUCCAUUUUCUAUUUCAAAAAUUUUCUAGGACCGAAAUUUUAAAUAGAUUUAAAUAAAUGAAUGAUCGAAGAGGGUCACCAGCGUUGUAGAACACGAGAGAAACAGUGGGAAAGAAUCGUCGGAGUCGAAACGUGAUCGGAGAUCCAUCCUAUCCUCUUGAAUUACUUGUGAACAUGUUAUGUAUAUUGUUACGUGUCGAUUGCCAUUGCAGAAUUAAUUAAUAAUAAACUAACAAUGCAACUAAAACCAAA